CUCAUCUGACAUCCGGGACCCCGCCUCCGCCGGGGGCGUGACCCCGAGAGAGACCCCAGGACCUGUCUCUCAAGGAGACCUGACCCGGACCCCGCCUCCCCGGGGGUGUGAUCCCGAGAGUGACGCGAGACCGGCCUCCCUCGGGGACAUGACCCUGGAUCUCCGCCUCCCCCGCGGACCUGAUUCGGAACCCGCCUCCCCAGGACUUGACCCAGACCCCGCCUCCCACGUGGGUGCGACCCCGAGCGUGACGCGAGACCCCGCCUCCCAGGGCACGUCACCCGGGAUCCCCGCCUCCCCCGGGGAGGGCCGGGCGGCGGAACCAAUGAGCGCGCGGCGGCGUUUCCGGCGGGACGCUUAGGAGGAGACUCGAGUCCGCGGCCGACGGACACCCCGCGCGGGCACGCGUCCCGCCAUGAAGUUUCGGGCCAAGAUCGUGGACACGGCGUGUCUGAACCACUUCACACGUGUCAGCAACAUGAUCGCCAAGCUCGCCAAAACCUGUACCCUCCGCAUCAGCCCGGAUAAGCUGAACUUCAUCCUCUCGGACAAAGUGGCCAACGGAGGCGUGAGCAUGUGGUGUGAGCUGGAACAGGAGAACUUCUUCAGUGAAUUUCAGAUGGAAGGUGUCUCCGCUGAAAACAACGAGAUUUAUUUAGAGCUGACGUCGGAAAAUUUAUCUCGAGCUUUGAAAACUGCCCAGAAUGCCAGAGCCUUGAAGAUCAAGCUGACUAAUAAACACUUCCCCUGCCUCACGGUCUCCAUAGAGCUGUUAUCAGUGUCGAAUAGUAGCCGCGUUGUGACACAUGACAUCCCUAUUAGGGUCAUUCCUAGAAAAUUGUGGAAGGAUCUGCAAGAGCCUACAGUCCCAGACGCUGACGUUAGCAUCUAUUUGCCAGUCUUGAAGACCAUGAAGAGCAUCGUGGAAAAAAUGAAAAACAUCAGCAAUCACCUUAUCAUUGAAGCAAACCUAAAUGGAGAAUUGAACUUGAAAAUAGAAACAGAGCUAGUGUGCGUUACAACCCACUUUAAGGAUCUCGGGAACCCUCCGUCAGCCUCUGAAGACGCGUCUCAGGCUAGAAACCCGGAGCAGAUGGCCGAGGUGCGCAUCGAUAUCCGGAGGCUCCUGCAGUUCCUCGCCGGACAGCAAGUGAACCCGACAAAGGCUGUGUGCAACAUCAUGAGCAACAAGAUCGUCCAUUUUGAUUUGCUCCACGAGGACGUCUCCCUGCAGUACUUCAUCCCGGCCUUCUCGUAGGCCGCGUCCGGCCCCUCUCUUCCCUCGGUUCCGUGCUGGUGGGAACUGGAGCUUGCGGAGCACAGUUGGAUAAACAAACUACUUCGUGUUG